AUGUUUGUCCGCAGUCGCGCGUAUCGAAUGCAAUGUAAUAAUGAUGGCUUGUGUCUCCUAAAUAAAAGUGCAUUGAAGCGAGCUAAACAAUGUGCUAGUAUAGCAUUGCAAGAUGAAAAUCUUAUUGAAACAAGUUUAGAAUUUUAUGGAAAAGUUUCACAAUUACUUUUACGAUAUGUUGGUAUUCGACCAGCAGAAUUAAAAGCUACUUUUUCGUCUGAAGCACCAUGGAUAUGGCGUUUAUUACCAGAUUAUUAUAUAGACGAUAUAUGGGAUUUCCUUAUGUCAGCCGCCAUGAUGGUGCCUCAAACACUAUCGAAACGUAACAUAGAUGAUAUUUUAACCUUGAUGCUUGUUGUCAUUUGUGCACCACGUCACUAUAUACAAAAUCCACAUUUAAUUGCAAAAGCAGUCGAAGUUAUACAUUGGUUAUGCGCCAGAAGUGAACAUACAUUAUUACGUAGAGCAACAGAAUAUUUAUUCAAUCAUGAACUAGCACAAGAUUCACUUGUACGUGCAUUAACAAAACUUUAUGCUGAUGUUGAAACCACCGGUGCUGCAACUGAAUUCUAUGACAAAUUUAAUAUACGCUAUCAUAUAAGUAUCAUUUUUAAAUAUGCUUGGCAAAAGCCAUCAUUUCGUCAUUCAUUUCUAACAACAGCAAGAGAUGAAAAAGAAUUUAUUCGUUUUUUAAAUAUGGCCAUAAAUGAUGUUACGUAUUUACUUGAUGAAAGUUUACAAUUAUUAAAGAAAAUUCAUGAUAUUGAAACAGAUAUUGAUAAUAAAGAUGAAUGGGAAGCAACUCCAAUGGAAACACGUAUGACUAAAACACAGCAAUUGAGUCAAUAUGAAUCACAGUGUUGUACAUAUUUACCACUUGGUAUGGAAACAUUGAAUAUGCUCGAAUAUUUAAGUGCAAACGAACCAGGUCCAUUUUGUUCAUCGGAAUUAAUCGAUCGUUUAGCAGCUGUACUAGAUUUUAAUUUACAUGAAUUAUCUGGUCCUAAUUCACGUUUACUUAAAGUUAAAGAACCGAGUAAAUGUUGUUUCGAUCCGAAACGACUGUUAGAAAAAAUUGUAGAACUUUAUUGUAAUUUGGCACCUGACGAACGCUUUGCCGAGGCAAUUACACGAGAUGAACGUUCUUAUCGACCAACUUUAUUUAAAUCGGCUAUCGAACGUAUACAAAAUCGUCACAUAACAACGUCAUCACGUCUUGAAGUACUUUAUAAUUUAAGUCAAAUUGCUGAACGCAUAGCCGAAGAAAAAUCUAAAGAAGAAAUGGAUCUCUCCGAUGCACCCGACGAAUUUCGUGAUCCAUUAAUGUGUACAGUUAUGACCGAUCCAGUUAUUUUACCAAGCGGAGUUAUUAUGGAUCGCUCAGUAAUCAUUAAACAUUUGCUCAAUUCAAGUACAGACCCAUUUAAUCGUCUUCCACUAACGAUUGAACAACUCAUACCUGCUGCGCAACUCAAAGAACAGAUCGAUAAUUGGAUCCACGAUAAAAAAAGUCGAACAGUUUGA